AUGCGGAGUAAAGACAUGUGUGGGCACGCUCAGCGGCGGACUCCCAGAGACGGCCGGACAUGGCGUAACUACUUCCCUAAAGGCGACCUUUGGGUGUUCGGAUACGGGAGUUUGAUCUGGAAGCCACCGCCGCAUUACGACCAACGGGUUCCCGGCUACAUCAAUGGCUAUGUGCGGCGCUUCUGGCAGGCCGCGUCUAGUACCGACCAUCGUGGCACUCCAGAGAACCCUGGACGAGUUGUGACAGUGAUCGAACGGGAGUUCUGGGAAACGCUGGAUGAUCCGCUGGCGCACCUUGAAAGCUCAGCGACGGCCACGGUUUGGGGUGCUGCAUAUCAUAUCCCUGCUUCCCAUGCUGAGGAGGUACACGAUUAUCUCGAUGUCAGAGAAAUCGAUGGUUACACCGUCCAUUACACCCCUUUCCAUCCCACCGAUACCCGUAAGGAGCCAAACGCAGAAGAACCAACAUCAUCUCCAAUCGUGUGUAUGGUCUACAUCGGUCAACCGACCAAUCCGCAGUUUUUGCGGGAUCCAGCCCGGCGAGAGCAACAAGAUGUGGCCGAGGUGAUAAGUCGCAGUCAGGGACAGAGUGGUAAAAACACUGAAUACCUGUAUCUCUUGGAGAAGUCGCUUGACGGACUCGGACUGGGGAGUGCCGAUGUGCACGUUACUGAUCUGGUGCGACGGGUCAAAGCCCUCGAGGGCGUGGAAGAAGCGGCGGCAGAGGAGGCCAAGGCGGAACGGGAUAUAGAGGAGGCUCUCCAUCCAUCCAAAGCAGAGGCUCAGCAAUGA